AUGAGGGUGUGCAGCAGCCCGAUAGAACCACCCACGCUGUCGGGUUCGACGAUCCAAGGGUGUUUCAAAUCUGCGGGCAAACUCAAGUUCCAGAAAAUCAUUGAAUGGAACACGAUCGGGUCAUGCGGCAACGAUCUCUGCCGCGCAGAGGGCUUCGAGGUUGGCGGCACGACAGGCGGGAACCAAUGCUGGUGCGGCCACAAGUACCCGCCCAAGGAUGAUCUGGUGGACUCCAAGAAUUGCGAUGUCGGUUGCACAGGUUUUGGCGAGCACGCAUGCGGUGGCCUUGACUUCUGGACCAUUUACCACACCGGCAUUACGCUGUCCGUUAAGUACGAAGACUCGCCCAAAAAAUCGACAAGCUCGGACGCCCCCAAAGCGACGGAAACCGACUCAUCCCCCCAGGAGACCGUCGUAGUCACGGCGUCGCCCACCAGCGAGCCGGAGGGCGAACAGGGCUCUGGCAGCAGCCCCAAUGUGGCCGGCAUCGCCGCCGGAGUCGUCGUAGGAGUCGUAGUAAUUGCGGCGUUACUGGGUGGCGGCUAUUUAUACAUGCGCCGCAAGCGGAACCAAGAGAUCGAGGAGGAGCACCGUCGUAACGCCGCAGUCAAUGCCUUUAUCGGCAAACCUCCUAGGAGCAGCGGAGGCACAUCCACAACGGAUUCCCGGAUGGACCCAGUGAUGGCCCACCGGAGGAUGAGUGACGGCAGCAUCGCCGACAACCAAGAUUACUCCAGGAGGAUCCUUCGUCUACGGGGAUGGUUCGCGGUGGGUUGGUCCGUAAUUUCCAAGGGGAGUUAUUUUAGGAGAGGCUUUAACAAGGUGUAUCGCGGUCUGAGGAAGAUUCUAGAUUGCUGUUCGGGUUUUUGCAUUGUGCUGAGUUCCAAAGCCCUGGGUUCUCAAUCUCGACUCGGGAAGUCAUGGGCGCACAAGUGGAGCGAGCUUGGGGAGACCGUCCAGGUGGUCCGGAGUGGUUAUCUCUCCCGGUGUUCCAAGAACCUGGCCCGCGGUAGCUCGCGGAAAUCUGGGUUCGGACCCACGGGUAUGUGCUCAAGGCUCUCCAAAAGCUUGACUGAGAAAAGAAAGGCUGAUUUCGCCGUGAAGGCCGCCAAUGACGAACAACAGUUACACUCAUCCCUGUUGUUGAUAAACCUUUAUGGUUGGGUAUUUGGUGAUGUUUCGGAGGUCGGCGCGGCAACACCACUUCACACAAUCGCCGACGUUAGCCGAGCCCGCCCGGACGUCAUCCCACAACAAGGGAAAACGACAAAGCGUGGACUUCCAACAGCACCUCCACACCUCCAAGUCGCCGACUACAGCAUCACGCUGCCGGACAAUCAAUCCACUCAAGAUGCCUCCGAGAUUUACUCUGACGCUCAAAGCGUCGGCUACCCUGCACGUCGCCGGCCGAAUGGCGCCCCGAAUGUGAGGACACAACCGAGACCACACCGGGCCCCUCAUCCAAUUACCCACCUGCCCGCCUCGAACUCGGGUCACAUCCGCAUCCUCGAGCUCAAUCGACCGGCGGCACGCAAUGCCAUCUCCCGGGGGCUGCUGUCAUCUCUGCGCGAAGAGAUUGACGCCCUCAUUCUGCGCCGGGCGCAGACCUCAAAGAGCGCAAGACAUUCACCCAGGAGGAAAACGGCCGCAUUCCUGCUCACCCUCCGCACGACGCUCACCUCCCUCUCGACCCUCCCCAUCCCCACCAUCUCCGCCAUCUCCUCCCUCGCCCUCGGCGGCGGCCUCGAGCUCGCCCUGUCCACGCACUUCCGCGUCCUCACCUCCAACGCCGUCGUCGGCCUCCCCGAGACCCGCCUCGGCAUCAUCCCCGGCGCGGGCGGCACCCACCGCCUCCCCGCACUCAUCGGCGUCCCGCGCGCGCGCGACCUCAUCCUGACGGGCCGGCGCGUCUCCGCUCCCGAGGCGUAUUUUCUCGGUCUUGCGGACAGGUUGGUCGAGGUCCCGCCCGCGGGGGGCGCGCAGGCGCAGGAGUUGGAGGGGAUGGGGGAGAAGGAGAGGGAGGUCGCGGUGUUGGUGAUGGCAAGGCGGGCCGCGCUGAGUGAGGCGGUGAGGCUGGCGGGGGAGAUUUGUGAGGGCGGACCAAUUGCGGUGCGGGCGGCGAUUCGGGCGGUGGAGGAGCCUAGUGAGGUGGUGGAGAAUCAGAUGUAUCAGAGGGUGGUAAGGACGGAGGAUCGGGAUGAGGCGUUGAAGGCGUUUGCGGAGAAGAGGGUGCCUGUUUUUAAGGGGAGGUGA